UUACACGCCCACGAAAAGGGGGAGGAGUCAGCGAGCGCGAGCGGCGUACGUUGAACCGAGCGAGGGUCGGAGCGCUGGUGGAAAGGAGAAGAAGAAAAGUGACAUACGGGGGACUGCAUGGUGAAAAGGACGAGAGCCCACCUUUAACAAUAGCCUUAUACAGCGGAAUGUUUUCUCGAAGGAAUCAUGGAGAUGUCAAGAAAUCUACACAGAAAGUUCUGGACCCAAAGAAGGAUGUUCUGACCCGUCUCAAGCACCUACGGUCACUACUGGAGGUCAACACAGAGAAGAGUGAACUGAAGGCAUUCUUUGAAACCAACUGCUCGCAGAUUUAUUUUAUCUUCUAUGAAAAUUUCAUUACACUGGAAAAUAACUUAAAGCAAAAAGGGAACAAAUCACAAAGGGAGGAGCUGGACUCCAUUCUCUUCAUUUUUGAGAAAAUUCUUCAACUUCUGCCAGAGAAAAUUAACAGUAGAUGGCAAUUUCACAGUAUAGGUUCUAAUUUGAAGAAGCUUUUGCACACUGGCAACUCUUUCAAGGUCCGAUGUGAGGGGAUCCGCCUCUUCCUUCUGUGGCUGCAGGCCCUACAGAAUAACUGCUCCGAGGAGCAGUACCUCAUCUUCGCCUGUCUGGUGCCAGGCUUCCCCGCCGUAUCCUCAUCACGUGGGCCCUGCACUCUGGACACCAUCAUCUACAAUCCCUAUUCCAACCCACCUGAGGCCAAGGUUGUCCCUGAGGAGAUCACACCGUUGGUGCCAGCAGUAGCUGGAGAGAAGCUGGUAGAGGACCAGACCUGCUACAUUCUCCAGACGCUCCUCAAGUUCAUGGUCCUGCAGGCAUCAAGCUUGGAAUGGAAGAACAAGGAGAAUCAAGACUCUGGAUUCAGGUUCCUCUUCAGCCUGUUCAGGAAGUACUACCUUCCACACCUGUUCCCGUCUUUCACGAAGUUCACCAACCUUUAUAAGCCUCUGCUAGAUCUCCCCCCCUUCAGACCGAAGCCCCUUUAUGUUCCCGUGACACGCAACAAUGAAAGCACUUUCUGCACCCGGGACCAGUACCUGGCCCCCCGUGUGGCCUUUAUCACCUGGCUGGUCACUUUCUUCCUGGAGAAGAAGUAUAUCAGCACAGCUGUGUCCAGCACUAAAAAUGGAGGGGAGGUCCUUCCCAAGUUCAUCCAGACUGUAACCGCGGGCGGUACCGGCCAGGAUAAAGAGAAGGAGAGGGCCCCGGAACCAGAGUCCAACGGGCCGGCAGAGCAGGAGAAGAGCCACUCCAACAGCAGCACGCUGUCGGACCGCAGGCCCAGCAACUCCAGCCUGUGUAGCAUCGAGGAGGAGCACCGCAGCGUCUACGACAUGGUCUACUGCAUCCUGCUGUCCACCCGCGACAACAUCAACUUCGUCAAUGAAGUUUUUCACCAGGCUUUUCUGCUGCCCUCCUGUGAGGCUUCGGCAACCCGGAAGGUGAUAAAGGUGUACAGGAAAUGGAUCCUGCAGGAGAAGCCGGAUUUCAUGACUGAACCGGAGAAGGGCUGCCGGGAUGAGGAGGGAGACGAUGAACUGGAGCAGCUGGCUGCAGAGACAGAUGGCCCUCCAGAGCAGACUUUGGAGAGCCACGGGCACAAGCGUUCGUCCAGCUGGGGGCGCACUUCCUCCUUCAGUAACGCCAUCAGCCAAGGCUUUCUCACAGAGGGGAACAGUAACGUGAAAGCUGGUAUCCAGUCCACGCUGCAGGUGUUCCUGACAAACUCAGCCAAUGUGUUUCUCCUGGAGCCCUGCCAUGAUGUACCCAGGCUGGUGGAGGAUCAGGUGGAGGUGUGUAAGGCCGUCCUCAACAUCUACAGGCGCAUGAUCAUGGAGCACACCAUGAACAGGAGGACCUGGGAGCAGAUGCUGCAGGUCCUGCUCAGGAUAACAGAGGCGGUGAUGAAGCAACCGACGGAGAGCCAGAAGAAGGACGCCUUUGCCGAGAGCUUGGCGGCGAUCCUCUUCCGAACGAUCAUCGUGGCGUGGGUGCGAGCCAACCUGAGUGUGUUCAUCUCCCGGGAGCUGUGGGACGAGCUGCUGGUGGUGCUGUCCUCGCUCACGGACCGCGAGGAGUUGGUGGCCGAGUGGGGCAGCAUCAUGGACUCGCUGACAGCCGUGCUGGCCCGCACCGUCUACGGCCUGGACAUGAACAACCUGCCGCUGGACCGGCUCAGUGAGCAGAAGGAAAAGAAGCAGAGGUGGCGAGGGGUAUCACAGGAUUCCCAGAAGUCCGCCGCCGCUGGGCGCUCCUUCUCACUCAGCUGGAAGAAUCAGGGGGGCGCGGGGGUGCAGGAGCCCAUGAGGUCCCGCAGCGCCACCACCUCCGGGGCUCCGGGGGUGGAAAAGGCUCGCAACAGCGUCCGGCAGAAGGCCACAGCUAAGCGAAGCCAGUCUAUCAGCAACUGUGUCCAUCUUUACGAGGCUUUGCCUACUACUAAAAGCGUGCCUGUUCUUCACACUGUGAGCUCUCUCUUGCCUGGUAUCUCUUCCACCUCUUGCUCUCACAAACUCUCAGAUGUGGAGGAGGGCCAGCUGCCAGAGAGUGGGGGGGAUGGGGAGUCUGGUGAUGGGGAGAGCCCGCUGCCCCGAAGCAGCAGUACCUCUGACAUCACGCAGUCGACAGGGGAUGGCUUUCAUGUUACGCAAUGUCAGAAGAAGGAGUACUCUCCGACUGCCAGAAGCGGGGACUGCCAGGCAGCGGGAACUGAUGGCGGGGUCACCGGGAGGAAGGGCAACGAGCUUCCGACGAUCUUAAUCAGGCGGAGCAGCAGCCCCGCGGAGCUGGAAUGUGCAGGAGACGGGUGUACAGGGGGAGGACAGGCUAAACUACGAGAGAAAAGCGAAAGCGUCAGCAGCGAAACGUCCAACGGUUACCUGAACGACGCCGACGUCAACCUGUCGUGGCAGACUUUUGAGGAGGAGUCGGAGCCCCCAUCGCCCCACGACGUGGGCAUUGAUCCCGACCCGCAGAGGAGCCUCACUGAGGCGCUGGCAGACAGCAGCGAGUGCCUGACCGACGACAUCAGCAUCAUCGCCGGGGGCAGCCUCACCGGCUGGCACGCCGACUCCGCCGCCGUGCUCUGGAGGAGGAUUCUGGGAAUCCUGGGCGACGUCAACAGCAUCCGCAACCCUCAAAUACAUGCCAAGGUCUUCCUGUAUCUGCACGAGCUCUGGCACAAGCUGGCAAAGAUUCGGGAUAACCUGGGCAUCAGCGUGGACAAUCAGUCCUCGCCGCCGCGGCCGGUCCUCAUCCCACCCCUCAGGAUGUUCGCCUCUUGGCUGUUCAAGGCCACCACCCUGCCACCUGAGUACAAGGCCGGCAAGCUGCAGGCGUACAAGUUAAUCUGUGAAAUGAUGACCAAGCAUCAGGACGUCCUGCCUAACAGCGACUUCCUGGUGCACUUCUACCACGUCAUGCACCAGGGCUUCACCAGCGAGGAUCAGGACGUCCUGUACACGCUGAUCCGGCACUGCUCCCCACGCUUCUUCUCCCUGGGCCUUCCCGGCUUCACCCUGCUGAUUGGAGACUUCAUCACAGCCGCCGCCAGGGUCCUCGACUCAGACUCGAUGGAGGCCCCCCGGGUGGAAGCUCAGACGGUGCUUGGCUCUCUGGUGUGUUUCCCCAAUCUGUUCCUGCGUAUGCCCUUCCUGCAGACCACGCAGGAAAACGAGGGCACCGUGAACAAGGACAUAAAGGAUCAUCUGGUCUCCAACCUGCUUAAGACGGCACAGAUGGAGCAGUGUGAAGGGGCCAGGUGUGUCGCCAUCUGCAGCCUGGGGAUCUGGAUCUGCGAGGAGCUGUUGAAGCAGACUAGCCACCCGCAAGUCAAGGAGGCCAUAAACAUCCUCGGGGUCUCACUGAAGUAUGGGAAUAAGGUUGUGGCCCACCUGGCGUGUGACCUGUUUCAGCUACUCAUCUACCACUGGAGGCAGCUGCAGCAGUACGAGCACUCCCUCCCCAAGAGAAUCACAGAGAUUUUCGUGGCCACGAUAGCGUUCCUUUUGCCGAGCGCGGAGCACUCAACGGUGGAGGCUGAUAAAAAGCUAAUGGUGUCCCUGCUCCUCUGCCUGUUGGACUGGUGCAUGGCCCUCCCCCUGAGCACGCUGCUGGAGCCCAUUACCAUGCCGCUCCUGGAUGACCCAUCCUCGCAGAGCACGCCGCUGCUCGACUACAUCUACAGGGUGCUCCACUGCUGUGUCUCUGGCUCCCACCUCUACCCCCAGCAGAGCCACUACCUCCUCAGCCUAGCGGACCUCUCAUACACUGACUACGACCCCUUCCUGUCCCUGGGUGCCGUGCGCAGCUCUGACCCGCCGGCCCCGAACGCUGCUGCCGACUUCGGCACCCUGCUCACCGUGGCCGAGGAGAAGAAGAGGCGGAACAUGGAGCUGAUCCCUCUGACCGCCCGCAUGGUGAUGACGCACCUCGUGAACCACCUGGGCCACCAUCCGCUGAGCGGAGGCCCUGCCCUCUUGCACAGUCUGGUCAGCGAGAACCACGACAACCCGUACGUGGAGUCGUCGGAGCUGUCCUCGGAGGUCUUCAAGAGCCCCAACCUGCAGCUCUUCGUCUUCAACGACAGCGCCCUGGUCUCGUACCUGCAGCUCCCACCUGUGGAGGCUACGGCGAGCGAGCCUUGCUCCGGCUCCCCCGGGGUGCGGGUCAUCGUACGGGACAUUUCUGGCAAGUACUCAUGGGACGGCCAGGUCCUCCACAGGCCCCUGGAAGGGCCGGCCGCGUCUGAGACACUGCUGCCCCCGCUUGAGCAGCGGGGCCCCCUAGUGGUCGGCGAUGCAGAGGAUGGCGAGGACGUCCUGGAUGAGUUGCUGGAGAGCCUGGGUCAAAGCAGCCCCGAGUGCCUGCCUCAACCACGCCUCGGGCUAAACCAACCAGGCCCCUCCCCCUACGGCAUGACUGCCGCGCAGCAAGGCGCCAUCUUGGAGGCCAUCUACCGGCAGACUGAGCAGGAGGAAGAGCAUGUGCGGCGGUGCAGCGACAGCGAAGGUGCCAGCGCCCCCUGUCAGACGGAGCCCUCGUACCAGGAGCCCAAGGUCCCCUUUUACUUCUGCAGGCUGCUGCUCAACGACCUGGGCAUGAAUUCCUGGCCCUCCAGAAAGAGCUUUCAUAUUUUGAAGAAGAACUCAAAGCUCUUACGGGAACUGAAGAAUCUGGAUUCCAGGCAGUGCCGGGAAACGCACAAGAUCGCCGUGUUCUACAUCGCUGAUGGCCAGGAGGACAAGUGCUCCAUCCUGUCCAACACAGAGGGCAGCCAGGCCUACGAGGACUUCGUGUCCGGCCUGGGCUGGGAGGUGAGACUGGCCACGCACUGUGGCUUCAUGGGAGGCCUGCAGCGUAACGGGAGCACAGGCCUGACGGCGCCGUACUACGCCACCUCCACGGCCGAGGUCAUCUUCCACGUCUCCACGCGCAUGCCGUCCGACUCGGGUGACUCCCUCACCAAGAAGCUGCGUCACCUGGGCAACGACGAGGUGCACAUCGUCUGGUCGGAGCACACCAGGGACUACCGCCGGGGCAUCAUCCCCACCGACUUCGGGGACGUGCUGAUCAUCGUCUAUCCCAUGAAGAACCACAUGUUCUUCAUCCAGAUCAUGAAGAAGCCACAGGUUCCCUUCUUCGGGCCCCUGUUCGACGGCGCCAUUGUCACUGGUGCCCUUCUGCCCAGCCUAGUCCGUGCCACCUGCAUCAACGCCAGCCGAGCUGUCAAAUCCCGCUUGACGCUCUAUCAAAGCUUCUACGAAGAGCGAGCUCUUUACCUGGAAGCCAUCGUGCAGAACCACAGAGAGGUCAUGACCUUUGAGGAGUUUGCCUCUCAGGUCUUCUCCCCCUCCCCAAGCUGCUACCCCCCUCAGCGGCACAGGGUCCCUCAGCGGCAGCACCAGCGCCGAGCUCAGCGUUGCCGUAGGAACAGACUGCACGGACCAGGUCUCCCCCACCAUGCCACGUGCUGCAAAGAACAGAGUUUCCGGAAAACUCCGCCGCUCCGCCAGCGCCAUAAGCAAAUCGUCUAACUGAGCGUCUCCUUCUGCAGCUGCUCGCCCGUUCGUCUCUGCGUCCGCUUGUGCUUAACCCUUUCACCGCCACGGCCGCAGUGUUUGCGCUCGCUUGGCAUUUCGCGAACGUCAGCAAACAGUUCCCACGCUUAACGUAUAUUUUAAACUUUAUAAUGCGUUUCUACGUGUCUUUGUCUUAAGUUAGUAGUUGUGCAACAUUGAGAGUUUUUGAUUUUUUUCAUUUGUCAAAGUGUGGAAUGAAGCUGCACAAGUUCAGUCCCAUUAACACGGAAACACGAGAACCUCAGCAGUACAAGCGGACUGUUACUCAGGGUGCUGAGUCUAUGAAGGCCUGUAAUAAUUACAGCUUAGUUUGAUAUCCAUAAUUGUAAAAAUGGUGGCAGUGGGACUUGAAGUAAUUGCCGUUGUGCACCUGCUAGCGCAGGCCGCUAACGGGCAGAGCCCCUUGGGGAGAGCACUAAGACGUUCUGCUUGUACAGCAAGCUGGGGCAGGUGGGACAGUAGCCAUCUCCUCUCACCCCUUGGCAUUUUAGACUGGUGCAGGUAGAUGAACUGGUUAAACACUGGUACUUUUAGGGAAGCUAUUAGGACCUUGAUUGGCUGUUAUGUAUCUUAAUUUGUGGCAGAAAUGCUGAUGUAAACCAGCCCAGAGAAGGACUGUUUUCUUGUUUUUUUUUUUUUUUUUUUAAAUCAUUUAAAUAUCUGUACUUUUGUUCUUAAAUAAUAUGGCACCUUCUCCAUACCCAUUCUUCAACACUAACUGUCCAUUGUUGCUUUUGAGCGGUGGCUGUUGUACCAUAUAGCUGGCCAGCAAACCGACAGCUACCCACAGGGGGAGGGUUGUGUUCCUGGGUCACCUUCCCCAGCAGUGGUGCUGAAUUCUGCAUAAACUGUAACGUGUGCAGAAGUGUGAGCUAAAUUAUGGUGAAUAACACGAUUUCUUUUUUUUCCCCCAUACUUCAGUAACUUUGAUUCUCCUCCCCUUGAUUUUAUGCAACUGCUGGAACGAAGAGUGUAGGAUACUGUACCCCUGGUUUGAAACAUUGUAUUUGAAUAAGUUUGUUAUGCGUGGUGUUUAAACUGUGCCCAUUAUUUGUUCUGUGAAGAUACAUUUAUGACAUUCCUACAGAUUUCUUUUGCACUUAUUUUUCCUCUGGUAACAUAGAAUUGAAUGUUUCCGUUUGUUCUCGGAUGUAAAAACGCUUUAAUUUAAUUUUAUACGUCUGUAUAUUUUCCUGUGUACAUACGAGGAGUGUGACAGGCGGCUAUUUUACGAGCGCGUUCCGUGGUCUUGAGCUGAAUAGGAAACAGCUGCCAGCAGAGCCUCAGGUGAAGCCAAACUCCAUGCACUGGUGCGUGUUUAACGCCGAGUCCGCAGCGGAGGCCCAUGGGCCUUGUGUAACACUCGUCUUCCCCUGGCAGGCCGGCACACAUGCGUCGUUCAGAUUUUUAUUAGACAUUUUUUUUUACUUGAAGAGUUAAAGCAUCCACACUUAGCAGAGGUGAGCGAUUGGCAGGCCUCGGGGGGGGGGCGAGGGGAGGUCAAUGUAGCCUUGACACUGAGGGAUGCCAGGUUGUGAAGAUGUGAAUUUAGCUAGCAGACCCCACCCCUCACCUCCCCAACCUAUCUCGACUCCGUUCCCUCUGGCUGAAGAUGGCGGAUG